UGCCUCGCCGAGCGUCGUCGUGGAAGCAUGUGGACGAUUUUCAUUCUCACGAUCUGCUACCUAACAGUAGCCGUCACAGAGGGCAGGCCUCAGGACCAUGCGGCCAUUCUUGUUGAUACAAUAAAUGGACCCGACGAGUUUGGAAAUUUCGAUUUCAGAUACGAGACGGGGGACGGCAUCUUCCACGAGGCGCGGGGACGCAACAACGGGGACGGCAUCGUCAGAGUUCAGGGACGAUACUCAUACACGUCACCUGAGGGAGAGAUGGUCGAGGUAGCAUACACCGGAGAUGAGCACGGCUAUAGGGCAGUCGGUCCUCUCGUGCCGGCGUCAUCCCGCGUGUCAGGGCUUGUGGCUUCGGAGCGAGCCGCUCAAGGCCCCUUUUCCAGAGAGGCCGCCGAGAACUCGAACCCCGAGAACGAAAACGGCAGCCAGACCGUUAGACCUCCUCCAGAACCUGCCUCCACGGACAAACCGUCCGCCCCCGAGGGCCUUCCUUCUUCAGUAGGCAUAAGGAUAAAACCUAGCGCCGUCCGCCGCACGGCCGGGGAGAAAGCAGGAUGACCAGCGCCCCUGCUACGUCGUUGCUGCGACUUCACAAACUGAUUUCAUUUGCGUCACAGUUUCAAAGAAGUUCAUUAUUUAAUAUAUUAGAAAUUUAAUUUUUUUUUAUUCUUACGAAUUAAUAAACUAUUUAAAUGAGCACAUUUUCCAACUCUAUAGUUUUUUAUUGAGAUGCCUCUAUCAAGUCUAAUUCAGGAUUUUAUUUGUCCUUCAUACGAGUACGUCUAGCGAAACCCGCAAUGUUUUCAUCAUCUUAGCCUGUUUUAGAAUUAGUAUAAAUAACUUCUUAACUCCAGCUUCAGCCGUUUCCUAAAUACGUUUUCCGGUUAAAACUUGAAUGAUUCAACAGCAAAUAUCAUAUUACUGAAGGAUUUGAUUCAUUUAUCAACUGUGCAAUGACUAUAAAUGUUAUAGAUGUUAGUUCAACCAUUUCAAAUAUUACAUUUUACGGAGAUAACUACCGUGAUACAACGUGGAAUAUUCCUACCUAACCCGAGAAAUCCAUUCAAUUUCUAACUGCGCAGUGGCUAUAUUAAUGGCAUAGAUGUCAAUGUACCCGUCCCAUAAUUAGGUUCUCCAAUUUUAAAACUUGUCUGUUCAGUCAAUUCAAAAUUGCAUUUUCGAUAGUUACUUUCAUGAUUCAAUAUCAGAUGUAUGUUCUAAUGUUGUUCAAAUAUAUAACUUUUUCCAUCA